AGAACGCUCGCUGUGACUCACAGAGCUGUGAAAUCUCAAAACUCUCAUGCAAGACGACAGCAGCUCGCGCUUCUCCUCAGUUUGACAGCAUACGUAGUCGACCCUGCGCUGUCCUGGCUUGCAGUUGAAGGAGGAUCCGCAGACUGGCCUUUUGCCAUCGCGGGGCUAGCUUGAGGUUGGGCAUUUGGUGAAAAGCAAGUGGAGCUGCAGUGCGCGCUCAGGAAAGCUAUCCGCACUCGCUUCUCUAGUACGCUGUAUUGCAGUUUGACGGGGGUCAUUCCUACUGCAUAAACCUAUAUUGUGACAUGCAAUUAUCCAGCCGAUAGCGGGCUGCAAUGGGGAGGCUGGUCCAUCUUGCAAACCUGCCGCUGCGGCUGGUCAGGCCCAAGUUCCGCGAGAACAUCACCGAAGCAGUGUUCAAGACAAUUCCCAGUGUCACAAAGAUUGAAAUCAGAGCCUUCUUGCAAAAGGUUUACGGGCUUGAGAUUGCAAGCUUAGAGACGCUGAACUACGAGGGGGAGAAAAAGCGAAAAGGGGCCACAACGUACUUCUACAGAGAGCCUGAUUGGAAGAAGGUGUAUAACAUCUUUCCUCAAGCAUCAUCUUUGGCGCACUUGCCCAGUCUUAAAGGUUGA